CAUCGGUGCCGAACUAUAGAAAGAGCCUCAUCUUCUAAUGCCUAGUAUUCUUUUAUUGUGCUGUUCACGUUACCCAUUUGCAAUUUCAUUAUAACUAUGAGAUUUUUAAAUGUAACGGUGUUUAUACUAUGUACAACAUGCGUAUGGUCUACGGAACUGUACUCAUCGAGAUAUGAUUCCCUUGACAUUGAAGGUAUAUUGGGUAGUGAUAGAUUGGUGUCCAACUAUGUGGAGUGCUUACUAAACAAAAGACCCUGUACGCCUGAAGGAAAAUCCCUUAAAAGAGUCUUGCCAGAAGCCCUUAAAAGCAAGUGCCAGAGAUGUUCUCUGAAACAAAAAGAGAGCGCACUUAAGGUAAUUCGACGUCUGCACGACGCUUAUCCAGACAAAUGGCUAGAAUUAGCCGAACGAUAUGACCCCACAGGAGAUUAUAGGAAAAGCUACGAAGAAUAUUUGCGGAAUGAGCAAUAUAACAUUAUAGAUGGAGCUGAGCCAGCUAUCAACAGUGUGCAAGGCAAUGUUCUUCCUGAGAUUGGAACUAGAUUCAAUUUUGAAGAAACUAAACCAAUAGAAAAACCAGAUAUACAAGAAUUUAAUAAACCAUCGAAUAAUGUAAACAACGAGCACAAAUCAGCGCCACCCGUCCGUUCGGUAUCAAACGGUGCCAGUGGCCCUAAUGCAAAUACACUUCCGCCAGCAACUGAAAAGGCACCACCAGCACCACCAGCACCACCAGCACCAUCCACUACAUAUACACCGAUCAUAGUGCAAAGUAAUCCAUCCACAACCAGAUCAACAAUUUUUACGAUUCAAGGAAAUUUUCAGGCCAGACCCCUUAGUUCUCAAGUUUUGGGAAUUGUAUCCAAUUUGGGUAAUAAAGUGGCCCGAACUGCAGGAAUAAUAACUGGAAUGCUCAAAGACACAGUUCACGUUAUUGUGGGCUGACAAACAUCGGACAACAAAAGAAUAAAAUUAUUUAUACAUAAGCUUAAAUAUAAACCACCUUAUUUUUAAGAUAAAAUGAAAA